AUGCAUAUAGCAGCUGCUAUUACUACUGCUACUGCUACUGCUACUGCUACUGCUACUGCUACUGCUACUGCUACUGCUACUGCUACUGCUACUGCUACUGCUACUGCUACUGCUACUGCUACUGCUACUGCUACUGCUACUGCUACUGCUACUGCUACUGCUACUGCUACUGCUACUGCUACUGCUACUGCUACUGCUACUGCUACUGCUACUGCUACUGCUACUGCUACUGCUACUGCUACUGCUACUGCUACUGCUACUGCUGCUGCUGCUAAUUAUAUUAAUAGUUGCCUUAGUCUUGCCUACAGUCUUAGAUUAAAGCCGAAAUAA